AUGAGUAAUUCAAAGAAGUGCAUUUGCUGCCAAGAAAUUAUGAAAAUGAAUGAGAAAAUGGAAGCUGAGAUACCUGAACUCCUAUGUAUUACUGACCUUCCAAGAUUUCAUGCUGUUUGCUUGAAUGUGUGGACAUUACAAACUGCACAUUACAGGUACAUAGCAUAUCGCCAGUUGACCAGAUGGGUUAUGGGAUGGCUAGGCAGACAUAUUAGAGUGGUAUUACUUGCUUGUGCAGUUAACAAAAUAGGAGAAACACUCCCUCUGCAAACUAUGUUGAUUUAA